CACCUCCAGAAACAAGGCGUGUGUGUGUGUGUGAAAUGAAGAAGCAACACACACUAUGUGUCGCUCACAACGUGAAUUGAGUCGCUCGUAGUAUCAGUGUCAUUAAUAAUCCGGAAAUUCUCAGUUGGUAGGUAUUGUUUGUUUGUGAAACUUGCCGGUAAACAAAUCAAUAACUUCAUUAUACAUACUGAAAGAGCUACUAUGACACAAAACAGAAGGAGGUAGUACCAGCGGUUCCUAUUAAUCUGGAUACUGCGUACAUCCUUGUGGUUCCACCUUCAGAGGAUAAUGCCGACUCACUCGUUGCCACCGUUUGUGGAGAGCCGAGAUGGACUUGCCCAAGAUAUUCUUAUUCGUAACACUGCGAGCACCCCGGGGCCUGGCUCCAGCAUGACGCCACACACCACCUACUCAGAAAAGGCAGUGUUGCAAUCUGGAGGAAGUGUACCACUCUCUUGUAUGUUCUGUGAUCAGACUUUCACUCACCAGGAUGAGCUAGGACCACACGUAUUAACGCAGCACCCCACCACUUUCUUUGAACCAGCUGUGCUUAGAGUUGAAGCAGAAUUCAGGAUCCCAGGAGAGCGACCUCGGCACAAACCGAGCAGCCUCCCUAUCGAAGAAGAGGAGGUUCACAGCUGCAUUGUGUGCGGCCAGGUGUCACAAGAUGCCAAUGAGCUGGAGACCCACAUGAGGAAGCACAAGGACUACUUUACUUACUGCUGCAACUUCUGCGGACGGCGGUUUCGAGAGCCGUGGUUCCUGAAGAACCACAUGAAGAUGCACGUAAAACCAGGAGCAAAGAGCAAAACCCAGCAAGACCUGGAGACCCCGGUCACAGUCAAUGGCAUCGCUCAAGACCCUGUUUCAGAACCCGUCCGCACUGUUUACAAAAUGUGCAUGGUUUGUGGCUUUUUCUUCCCUGACCUGGAAAGUUUGGCUAAGCAUAGUAAAGUGCACAAUCGAGAGGCGGAGCCCGGCAGAGAUAAAGACGAGGAGAAAAUGGAUGACACUACUGAAUCCCUUACCAAACAGGACACAUUUCUUCACAGUCUAAACCUUAGGCCUCACUUUCCAGGAAAUAGUUUGCAACACAAGAGAUCAUCAAAAUGGAUUCCCCAGCUGGAUCCUUUCAACACAUAUCAGGCCUGGCAACUUGCUACAAAGGGCAAGAUAGCAGUUGGUCCUAAUAAUAUUAAAGAUAUUGGCCAGGAAGCCAGCACAGACAAUGAAGAAUGCGGCUCUGAUAAGGAGGAGUUGAAUAAUAUUUGGUCUGAGGGGCAAGGAGACAAAGCUGCGAAAGAGGUCCUUGGGAGAGAUCUCCAAUCUCAGCAGCAGACCGUAGUAGAGAACGCCGUACCGCAGCGCAGGUCUCUAAUGCAAAAAGAUAAGCACAAAGAAAGGCCAACCACUUGUGAGGAAUGUCAGAGAACCUUCAGGACCUACCACCAGUUAGUUCUCCACUCCAGGGUCCACAAGCGUGAGAGAGCAGGUGAAGAGAGUCCAACGUCCUCUGUGGACGGGAAGUUGUCGAGAACGGGCUCAUUUGAGCACGCGGAGGAAGGCUGUGAGGAGGGCUUCGAGGAAGCAGCAUUGACAGAACACCUGGGUCCAGGUGAAGAUGGUUUUGAUCGAUCAAAAGUCAGAUCAAAAGCAUGCAGUUACUGUGGCAAAUCAUUCCGAUCAAGCUAUUACCUCACCGUUCACCUGAGGACUCACACAGGUGAAAAGCCGUUCAAGUGUGCCUACUGCGACUACGCUGCAGCCCAGAAGACUUCACUGAAAUAUCACCUGGAUCGGCGUCACAAGGACAAACCUUUCGUGGACAUUCCCAGCAGACCCGUGCCUUUAGUGCCCCCCCCUAACGAUGAAAAACCUGCUCCGAAUAGAUCCAAACUCUGGGUUCCUGGAGCCAGAUCGUGCACCAAUGGAACGCAGGAGCACACAUUUGAAAGCAUAAGCGGCAAGCUUGGAAAACCCCUCGUCCAGAUAAAUGCUGAGUAUGAGAAAUUAAUUGCUACGUCUGCUUACUCCCCGACUGAUGAUGUGGUCGUAAAGUGCCCCGUACCUGUUAACCUAAAGAUGGAGAGGGAGGAGAUAAAAGACGAGAACUCUGAGGCCCCAUUAAAUCUGUCCUUAAAAGUGUCUCUCUCCAUCUCUGCCAGUGCAGAACCCAGAAAUGCAUCAAUUCCAAUUUCCUGUGCGUUGUGUGCAUAUAAAACCAUGUACCCAGAGGUUCUGAUCAUGCACAAAAAGCUCACUCAUAAAGACAAGUCAGACGGCACAAAAAAGAAUGGAUUCGGCAGUUUAAAAGAAAAACGUUAUACAGGUUGCCCCCCCGCGCUUGAAGGGAAAGACGUCACCCCACUUCCGAUGAUUGACCGGCGCCACCCUCGUCGAACCAAGUCCCCACCCCCUCAACCUGCAAAACCACAAGAAAAGACCCCCGUUAACCCACCUCAGGUACCUAAGCGCUCCCCUAUCCAUGCACCCGUACAUGAUGUUGUGCAGGAGACACAGCGCUACACACACAACAUUGACACACAUCCCAGUCAGGAAUCUUCCAGGUAUACGGAGCUCAUGAGGAAAUCUAACACGGGCACCAAGUACGCCAUGGAGCGACCGGGCCCCCCAGACAGAGUGGGGAUUGGUGAGAGGAGUUACCCAGCGAGAAGCGGCGUCUUUUGGCACUCAGACGCUGCCAGGCUGUGCCUGUCGAGCCGAUUCGGGAGUCUCCCCCAGAUGGAUUUCGCUGAACCGUCCAGCAAGAGAUUAAAGUACGCGGUACCUACAGGCAGGGAAGCUGACGCCGCUGAGAUGCAUGGCUUUAGAGGACCAGCAGGCAAUGUGUCCAACAGGCUGCUUAUCUCUGGGAGAAGUGUGAAAAACGCAUCACAAAUGCCGGGUCCAUCCACAGUUUCUGAGACCAUGGGUUCUUUGAAGGCUCCAUCUUCAGCCAUGGGAGGAGGCUUGGACACUGAGUGGGGCAUGAUGAACCUCCUGCGCUCCUACUCACCCAAUGACCUGGCAUCUCUCUAUCACAGCACAGCUGGCAACCCCAGUCAUGGAGGACUGGCCAACCCAAGAGCAGGCGGCAGAACUGUGCUGUACCAACACUUACCCACUCUGCCCAGCCUUCAGAGGAGAGAGCCUUCAGGCCCUUUCCCUAACCAACGCUAUGGGACCACUGACAAAAGUACCUAAAGUGGCACCAAGGUAAAAGGUUGAAGUCCAUACAAAUAGAGCUUCCUUUUUUUUUCUGAUUUUCAAACCCUUUCAAAGACCAGAAUCUUUUACCUGGUACUUGAUAUAAAUUCAUCAAUUCAUAUUUAAAAAUAUAAAAAAGUAAAAAAAAAAACAAUCUUCUCUAGAUUUGAACUUUACAGCUUCCUUAUUUUGAAGAACUUCUUGGGAGAAAUUUGUUCAAAUAAGGAUUAAAGAGGGAUGGUUCGUGCUCAUUACGUUCCCCACAUUUAAUGCUUUCAAUAGAGGCAAACUGUGUUGCAUAGACAUUUCAUGGCUGAGGCCUUUAGUGUACCUUUCUGUUUCUUUUCUUUGAAUGAAAAAGUUCAGAUCGUCUCUCUUUGAAGAUGUAAUUCCACUGGUGUGCACUGUGCUAUUUGUUUCCAUUUAAAACGCUUGCUUAAUCCAUAUUUGACCCACACUAAUGUUCACAUAUCUGUAAGUGUCUAUGACAUAACAGUAAACUUUGUAUGUGGGAUAACAACAUAAAUCUAUCUGGAAGCUUUCAGUACCUAAAAAAAGUAUCUAAAGUAAUGUGUGAAACGUCGCUGCUCUGUUCUCUUACGGUUUAUGUACAGGCAGUCAUUUAGCACUAUUCUGUUUUUCUUUCUUUUCCAAGGCACUGAAGGGUGGGAAGUUUAUUAACUUGUUGGUUUACACACAGGCCACAGUUACAAGUCCUGUGUGUGUUGAAGUGGUCUACCUCAUGUUGUCAAGCUGUUGUUUUUGUAAAGCUGCUGUAGCCAUCAUGUCAGCUGAGCCUCUGUACCUAAAUGUCUAUCGACUACAGACAGAUGUCUUGAGUCGUAGUAUAACUAGAUGGAUUUGUAUAACUACAUGUGUUUGUCAGGCACCACAUAAAACACAAACGCAUCUGGUGAUACAGAACCGCUGCUGCUGAGGCCAUGUCGACCUACAGCUCAUGAUUAACUGUAACGCGACGUGGGUUGUGGAGUUCUUUUGAUAUGCUUGGUAUUUAUAAGCCCGGUUUUAAACACAGAACAGAUUUUUGUGGUUAUUAUUUGUCCUUUUGAAAUGGCAAAUUGCUGUCCUCUGCUUUAGUGGUGCCUUCAAUCCAUAAGCUGUAAAAAAGAAAAUGUACCAAAUUUCAUGAGUUCUGUUUGUGUGUCAAACGGUGAUGCUGUAUUAUUUGGACUGCACAUUUAGUCACUAUUCAGGCUUUGCAGAGUCCUGAAAGUGUUUUGUUUAAAGUGGCAUGCAGCAGUCGUUUCGAGGCUGGUCUUUAGAUGUAUGAAGCGGCUAUGUUGAUUAAUAGUUCGAUUAAUUACACACUGUGAACAAAAAGUCUCAGGUUAACUAAUUUACGAGCCGUUUAGUCUAUCGUGUAAUUUAGUAUUUUGCCACUUUGAAAGGCUUGGGUUAAGUUAUUUCUUUUUGUUUUGUUUGGUAUUCACAUUACAUGUGUACUUAUGUAAAAAUGAAAAUAUUGUUUGAGAUUUGUAUGACACAUUUCAAUAAUAAAGUGAGGCAAAAGGC